CGCACACGAUCCAGGUACCACAAUGGGGCAGCGUGUUUCUCGAACGGACUUUGAGUGGGUGUACGAUGAUCAGCCGCACACCCGUCGCCGGCAGGAAAUGGUGAAAAAGUAUCCGCAGAUAAAAAAGCUAUUCGGACCAGAUCCACAAUUUAAGUACGUGGUAUCCGCGAUGGUGUUGACGCAAAUCUUCAUGCUGUAUGUGAUGCAAAACCAGUCCUGGCCAAUGAUCGUAUUGGUGGCUUACUGUUUCGGUGGCGUUAUCAAUCAUUCGCUGAUGCUUGCUAACCACGAAAUUUCCCACAACAUGGCUUUUGGGUAUGCGCGUCCCCUAGCCAACCGGUACUUUGGAAUGUGGUGCAAUCUUCCCAUUGGUGUACCAAUGUCGGUUUCAUUUAAAAAAUACCACAACCUGCACCACCGCCAUCUGGCCGAUGACGACCUCGAUCCGGACGUACCGACCGUAUUGGAGGCCAAACUCUUCUGCACCACGUUCGGCAAGUUUAUCUGGGUGUGUCUGCAGCCCUUUUUCUACGGAUUGCGCCCACUUUUUGUGAACCCACUGCCUGUGACGAAGCUGGAAAUCAUCAAUACCGUUGUCCAGCUUACGUUCAAUACGCUAGUUGUGCUUGUUUUCGGAUGGCGGAUGAUGGCGUACCUGCUCAUCGGUUCCGUACUGGCCAUGGGAUUACAUCCCGUUGCCGGUCAUUUUAUCGCUGAGCAUUAUAUGUUUGCGAAAGGGUUUGAAACGUAUUCCUACUAUGGACCGCUCAACUGGAUCACAUUCAACGUUGGAUAUCAUAACGAGCAUCAUGACUUUCCGGCCAUCCCUGGUAGCCGGUUGCCCGAAUUGAAGAAAAUAGCCCCUGAAUAUUACGAAACUAUGCCGCAACACACUUCCUGGACGCGGGUUCUAUAUGACUUCAUCACCGAUCCUGCAGUGGGACCAUAUGCUAGAAUUAAACGGAAGAGUCUCGAUAAACCGAAAGCGAAACCUAUGGAAACGAUCAACCUGGUACAUGAUUCAUGGAAGCACGACGUGGAUCAGAAGAAAAGAUAGGCUAGUACAAUCAAAAAGCAACUCAUGUGAAUGCACGUAACAUCUUUACCGUUUUGUAAUAAAUAAUUCACACCUGAUAAGAAAAAAAAGAGUCCCAAUAGAUAACGAAUGCUCGGACGGCAUUCAAACCCACGCUGAGUGAU